AGAGAGGCUGUUCUAACUUCUUGGCCUACAGGAAGCCAAGAGACAGAAAGGGCCAGGGGCAGCUCCCCAGGACCUGCCACCAGUCCUCAUUGCUCCAUCCCCAUUCCCUAAAGUUUUCAGGAAAAUCCCCUAUAGUGCUAUCUGCUGGAGACAGGCACUUGGGGGGGGGUAACCUUUAUCACCAAACGUAACAGUGUAGUGGUACCCACCUGGCACCUCGAAACUCCAGAGGCAGAGGUGGAAGGAUAGUGGGUUAGAGGUCAGCUUGAGGUACCCAGCAUGAUCAUGAAACAAGAAAGCAAAACCAAGGGAAGUGUUACAUUUGAUUAAUAGUAGUAUUUUAGAGGUACCAGGGAACCUUUAGAUACACAAUAUAUUGUAGAAUAGUUAAAGGAAGCCAAUCAACUUUUCAUCCUCUCAAGUUUUCAGUGAAGACAUUUAAAACGUUUUAUCUUACUAAUUAAAAAAAUACAUUGUAUUAACUAUUUCCCUGGGCUGUGUAACAGAUCUUAAUGACUUUCCCUCCUGUCUAAGGGACACUGUGUCUCCUGGUGCCUAGCACCUGGUCUUCGCCAUUCUAUCUCUGCUUCUCAAAUGAGAUCCUGCACACAUUUCCCUCCUCAGCAUCCUGCCAACACUUGUGGUACCCAUCUUUCUUGUAAUCAUCAUCCUAAUUGAUGUCAGGUCACAUCUCAUUAUGGCCUGAUAAGCGUUUCCCUGGUAACCAGUGAUGUUCAGUAUUUUUCUGCAAACCUGGAAACUGCCUGGAUGCCUUCUUUUGAGCAGUGCCUACUUAGAGUCUUUGUCUAUUUUCAGUCAGGCUCUUUGAUUUCUUGCUACUAAACUGUUCUUUAAACUUUUGGUUAGAUGAAAAAAUUUGUUUUGCACUUAAUUUUGGAAAACGGUGCACAAAAGCCUGAGUUAGGAAGGUUUUUUUUUUUUGCCUUCUUUUUACUCUAAAGAUACUAUUUCAUUCUCUUUGGUUUUAAUAGUCUUUCCACAAGAUUCAUUAGAAUUAUUGCCUUCAUUUUUUAGAUUUUCCUGUCUUGGGUGGUCUGCAAUUUCACUAUGCUCUGCUUAGAUAACCUGCCAUUUGUUAUUUUACUUAUUAUACAUUAGAAUCUUUACCCACACUUACCUUCACCGGUUCUGACUUAUUUUAAAAUAGAAUGUCUCCAAAAACCAACUUUGAGAUUUCAAUUAGACUUUCCUUGGCUCUCUGCACACAAUUUUUGGUAGUUCUUUAUGUGUCUCAACUUGUGUUGCAUUCCUGAUUACGCCUGGGCAGGAGUUCUACCACUGAACUAUAACCCUGGCCUUUCUUGAUGAUUUCUUUAGAUUUGUCUUCCAGUUCAUAAAUUCCCUCUUCAUCUGUGUCUACUUUGCUGGCCAACUCUGCUGAGUUUUUUUUUUUUCUAAGAACAACUUUGUUAAAAUAUAACACAUUACAUAACAGACAAUGUAUUCUUUAUUGGAUACAUUUCGGUGACUUGUAGUGUAUUAACAAAGUUGCGUAUCCAUCACCAUGAUCUAAUUGUGGGGCAUUUCAUUACUACAAAAUGAAAUUUUAAUCACCUCACUUAUUAAUAGUGUCCCAAACCAGUCAUUCUCGCUCCCUCCCUCCCCCAUAUUUGGCUAAUCUUUUUGUCUUUGUUGGAUUUUUAAAUUUUGUGCAUUUCACGUAAAUAAAAUGUUUUUUGUUUUUGAUUUUUUUUGUUUUUGUUGUUUGUUUGCCUGGUUUGUUGUUGCUGUUCCUUCUUUCUUGGUGACUGGCUUCUUUUACUGAUAAUACUUCCAAGGUUUCCGUUGAUCUUUAAUCAUUUAAGUGAAGUCUCCAGGUUUUCUUUCUUUCAGAUAAACUUGCUGUUCAGCUUGUGGCUACAGGGUCCUUCCUUAGCAUGUCUUUCUCUCUCUCUUUUUCUAAAAAUUGAUUUUAUUGAGCUAUACAUUUUUCUGUGCUCCCCUCCCUUCCUCUCCCAUUGUCCCCUUCAGCCCUCUCCCAUGGUCCCCAUGAUCCCAAUUUACUCAGGAGAUCUUGUCUUUUUCUACUUCCCAUGUAGAUUAGAUCCAUGUAUGUUUCUCCUAGGGUCCUCAUUGUUGUCUAGGUUCUCUGGUAUCUUUAGCACGUCUUAAUAAGCACAUUAUCUUUGUAGUCUAAGAUCUCUGUGUAACUCUUUGGUUUGAUCUCCGUGUAACUCUGGUUUACUAGCAUUGGAGGUAAAUUUAGACAGGCCAUCAGCUUUUCCAAGUGGUGGUCUUGAUGAACUGGGUUCACGGACCAUUCACUGGCCGGCCCGCAGCCCGCUCUCUGCAUUUCCACAGAAAACACUUACCUAGAAGCCUCCCCAGCCCCUUCUACUCUGCAAGAAUCCAUACUAAGGCUCAUCCUCCGAUCUGCACAGGUUCUGCCCCGCAGAUUGGCUCUGGACUCCAUUAUGGGAUUGACUCGUUUGAAGAGAAUUGUGCACGAACUAAUUCUUACCCUCUGCACUCUCUUCAUCUAGAUCUUUUCUUCAAAAUGUCCAGUCCCUCUCUUUGUCAGCACUCCGAACUACUCAAGUGCUCGGGAUGUUUGGUCUCAUUAUCGGCGUGUCACCUAGGGACUGGUGCGGCACUGGACAGGAGGCUCUAUGACUGUGUGUUCCCCUUACCUGUAACUUAACACCCAGACGGCAAGGCGAUGUGCAGUACAUUGAAGUAAUGCAUAUGCGGUUUAGAAUAAGGAGCACAGACACUGUGCGCUCAAACUGACAGUCCAGGCUGCCACGUCUGGUAAGGAUCUGAUAUAGUGACAGUCAUUUGUCUGGUGUAAGGUUCGUGGGCAGAGCAGGCAGAAACCAAGGUCCGCCUAGGGAUGAGAAGGAGCAAUGGUAACUGUGGCUUCUGCAGAGCCCAGGAGAGAUAGAAGGACCAGGUGGAGUGCGAGGUGUGAAUCUGGCCAACCCAGACCAGGAUUGUCACCUUCUGGGUGUGGGUGUGGUUGGUGACAAAAGUCCCUGGGGCUGAGUUGAUGGUGGGCGUCGUGGGUGCUCUUAGGAAUGGAAUUGACGGGAACAAUCGGAAGCAAGGUGGAGGUUGGAGAGGGAGGAGCCCCAAGGCUGGGCGUCGGAACCCCAUGACCGACCACUCUUUCCCUCCUUCGCUGCGUCUUUGUGCAUUUCGCUUCCUUUAGCAGCCAAUGCUCUUCCGAGAAUCUGCAAGGGGACCACAACCAAGCAGAGGGGGAGGAUCCUCCCACGCAGGGGAGACCGAAGGGCAUCGCUUCCCGCGCCAGAACCGCUGCUGAUCCCGGAGUGCUGACACCCCAGGGAUGUGAGUGAGCCCCCGACCCUGAGGCCCGUACUCCACGCCCCUCUUCGCGGCCUGCCCCCCAGAGGACUCCUGUCUGCAGCCCCCGCUUCUCUCUCAGGCUCUCUCAGAGCAUGCUGCCUGCGGCCAUGAAGAGCCUCGGCCUGGCACUGCUGGCCUUGCUGCUGUGCCCCUCACCGGCCCAUGGCCUGUGGUGCCAGGACUGCACCCUGGCCAAUUCCAGCCACUGCGCCCCGAAGCAGUGCCAGCCGACCGAUACUGUUUGUGCCAGCGUGCGGAUUACCGACCCCAGCAGCAGUAAGACUGGACCUGGCAGGAAGGAUCAUUCUGUGAACAAGAUGUGCGCGUCCUCCUGCGACUUCGUUAAGCGGCACUUUUUCUCAGACUAUCUGAUGGGGUUCAUUAACUCUGGGAUCUUAAAAGUCGACGUGGACUGCUGCGAGAAAGAUCUUUGCAACGGGGCGUCAGCAGUGGGGCGCAGCCCCUGGGCCCUGGCUGGGGGGCUCCUGCUCAGCCUGGGGCCUGCUCUCCUCUGGGCUCAGCCCUGAGGUCCCUCCCUCCCUCCUUCAGGGCCUUGGAGCUUGUCCCCUGAGCCUGUUGCUGCCCCGUCCCCCAGCCUGGCCUGGCUAGGAUUGGGACAGCAAGAGCUUGGCAACAAGGUCUGUGGCUCUCAACCUCCCUAGAUGUGAGCCUUCUCCGUUUCCCCACCAGUUCCAUAUCCCAGGCAGCUGGACAUCUCCCGGAGACCAGACAUCCUGGCAGAAAGCUGGGGCGGGGGGAGGGGGAGGGCAGGGGACAGGGACCCUCCAGGUCCCCAAGGGGAGGGAAACCAAGCCAGGGACAGCCCAACAGCCUGGCCUGAGGGGCAU